UAUAUCAAGUGCCAGACGCGGGAUUCAGACACGCGGAAAUAGCAGAGUGCGCGUUACAGACAAGACGGAACCGAGGACUUGCAAUUGUUCGUUCCAAAUCCCGAGAAGAGCCCGAAAAAGGUGGACAUAAUAAACAAGGAGCCAUAGCAGUGAUACGAAUACCAAAUAACAACGAUAGAAUCGGGAUACACUUUCAAGCUUCACAAAGACCACUCGACUGUUCUGGCGAGAGGUUGUGUCCGUCAUGCAGCACUAUGGAGUGAACGGCUACUCUCUCCACGCGAUGAACUCCCUGAGCGCCAUGUACAAUCUGCACCAGCAGGCCGCGCAGCAAGCUCAGCAUGCGCCGGACUACCGACCUUCGGUGCACGCGCUCACACUCGCCGAGAGACUGGCUGACAUCAUCCUUGAGGCUCGCUACGGGUCCCAGCAUCGCAAACAGCGCCGGAGUCGCACCGCGUUCACCGCUCAGCAGCUAGAGGCCCUGGAGAAGACCUUCCAGAAGACCCACUAUCCCGACGUGGUGAUGCGAGAGCGUCUGGCCAUGUGCACUAACCUCCCCGAGGCCCGCGUGCAGGUGUGGUUCAAGAACCGACGUGCCAAGUUUCGCAAGAAGCAGCGCAGCCUGCAGAAAGAGCAGCUCCAGAAACAAAAGGAGGCCAACGGAGAAGGAGGUGGCAAGGAGGACACAUCCAACACCAUUAUUCCAGAGAACCAGCUUGCCCCUUCAUCCUCCUCCUGCUCCUCAUCUUUGGAUGUUGAGGGUCCGCCUCGUCCAUUGGCGUCAGAAGUCAGCGUAGAGUUGAAUGUUACCUCGGCAGAGCAAUCGGGCAGUGAGUCUGCCACUGAGGACAACGCAACCGAUAAGGAGGAGGAGUCUAACCCACCGAGGGAGGAGCUUAAGAGGGAGAGGGUGAUGACGCCUGGCAACGACUCUCCACCCUGCAAACGACUCAGCCCCAAAUCUGAAUCCCCGAUGGUCUCCCCGUCCGUGACGCCCUCGUCCAGCGGAGUUGGCGCAGGGAUCUCCCAGAGCCACUCCUAUUCCUCGUCCCCGCUUAGCCUCUUCCGGCUGCAGGAGCAGUUCCGCCAGCACAUGGCCGCCACAAACAACAUGGUGCACUACCCUUCGUUUGACAUGGGCGCCCCUUCCUCCCUGCCCUACCUGGGGAUGAACGUCAACAUGCCCCCGGCCCCGCUGGGCUCUCUGCCCUGCCAGUCCUACUACCAGUCGCUGUCCCAUCACGCGGCCCAGCAGGUGUGGAACAGUCCUCUGCUCCAGGCCUCCGCGGGCCUGCCCGGCCACAACAGCAAGACCACCAGCAUCGAGAACCUCAGGAUGCGGGCCAAGCAGCAUGCAGCCUCCCUGGGACUGGACACGCUGCCUAACUGAGCCCCAGGAUCUGAGCGUGGCCUAUCCUGGGGAAUCAAUACUAUUUUCCAGCUUUUCAAUGUCUGUGACUUCCAUAGCCCAGUAGGAAACAUACCCACGGCAGAUGUUUUUUUUGGGACAUUAGCAGCCAGAGUUAAACCAUUUGUUACUUUCAAACAUAAUCGCGCUAUGGAGGGAUUUCUCUCAUGUUUCCUGUUUAAUCAGUUGGGAUCGAAACACACACACAAAAAACCUAUAAAGAAGAAUACAUACCUCACCACCACCAGUUCAGAUAGUCCUUACAGAGGGAAACCGACUCUACCUUAGCAUUCACCUGUCUAGUGUUGCACUUAGCGAAAAGCACUGCAACGUAACGUUUACAGAUAAAUGACAAAUUGAGGCACUUCUAGGGGAAUCAAAGGAGAUUUCUCUUUAUGGGAGAGAUGUGUUUGUGCCAGCAGUAGUGCCACAACUGCUUGUACCAUGGGACCAUUAAGAAAUCAAUUAGGCCAUGUAUGUACAUAGCAGAUUCUAAAAAGGCAAGCACAUACAUAAAUACAAACUCAGGCCGCGUUCUCCUCAAUGCUUAAUUAGAAGUGACUGAUUUACCAGUUAAUGGCCAGUAUUAAACCACUUUGUACAGAGACUGGCUUGGUAAUGAGAAAAUUAUUUCAGUGGACUAAAUUGCGCAAAGCUUUUAAUUACAUUUUGCCCUAGGCAGAGGGGAGGAGAGCUUAUGCAAUUAAGAUAUCUCUUAUAUUCAGAGCUCCGUAACCGCCCCCACAAAUGCGGGCAAAUGACAAUGCCACGACUUAAUAUGCCAUACUGUACAACCAGGAUGACAGAAAAAUAAAAGUAGAAAGAGACAGACCUGGAUAAAUUAACCUCAUGUCCAUACCUGUUUUUCCCAAUCUACCCCUUCUGAUGUAACCUGGCAACAGCAUCCCAACACAACUCCAUAGGGGGUCUUUGGGAGUAGCAGAACUUCCUGUUGUACCAGGAAGUGACUUUUUAAGCACUUGGAGGUGUGGCAAGCUUAUCCAUUAUUUUCAAUUAUUUGUCUGUGAUUCUCUGUACCAGGAUCCCCUCAAGUCCAUCAACUCUGAUAAUGUAAAUUAUUUUAAUAUGUAAAUUAUGAAGAAAUAGAAGUCUAUCUAUUAAUGUUUAUUGUUAAGGAAAACGCUACGGUUUGUCAUAUGUUGUAAAUUGAUCAUAAACUGCCCAAGUUGGCAAUUCCUUGUCAGUUGUAAGAUUGUAUUCAAUGGGGUCAUGCCAUGUCUUCCCAUGUCUUCACUGGAUACCUGAAGUUAUACUGUCUGGUUGUCCAUUGACCCUCUCCAGAUGAUUUCCAUUGUGGCUGUGCUCUUAAAAGUUCUACUGUGUCUCUCCAGCUGUCUCUGUCAUGCUAAUUGGUCCAGUUGUAGAUUUUAAAUGGUGGAGAGUGUAAUCUGGAAAGCAUAAACCAUUUUACUUUUUCUGUUAACAAUGUAGGUUUUAACAGUGAUGUUGUAAAAUAAAUCAUAAAUAAAGCAACGCUUGGAGAUCUUUAUA